AUGUCACACAGCCGGAAAUCUGUCAUCAAUCUGGUUCUAGGCGCCGCCAAUAUCGGGGACAAGUCUAUCGACGCCAUGGCACGGUUUGACACACCUGACGAGGUCAGGUCUUUCCUAGACGUCUUCGCAAGGCGUGGGUAUAACCAAAUCGAUACUUCGCCGGGUGAACGAUUUGUCAUCGACACCAAAGUCAUGUCUUGGAAGCCAGCAACCCAUGCUAAGCACGAAGUCUUGUCCGAGAUCAACCUCUCGCUCGAGACAUUGCGGAUCCCGCAAAUCAACAUCGAAUACCUGCAUGUUCCUGACCGGGAUACUCCGUUCGAGGAACCAUUAUAA